AGAAGUGGGUGCAUGCUGCUGCUCCGGGAGAAGAGGAAAAGCUGUGGCUCCCUCCUGGAUCCCGGAGUCAUGGUGAGAAAUACUGCUAAAGACUGGUGCAGGGUCCUUUCGUGUUGCGCCUCGCUACCUGGAGCAUCCUUUGGCUAUUCAUCUUGGAACUCUGGCUUAUUUUGUUUUACCCAGCUCUCUCUCCCAGCCAACGCCACCAGCACCCCACCCAAGUCAUCCAGGUGCCAUAGUUACCAAAGCCCAGAACCUGCCACACUUCUCAAACUGUGACUUUUGUAGCAAAGUGUCUCGGUGAAGACACCCCUCCAGCCUCUUCUAUCGGGUACCACGCACUGCACUCCGCUUCUUUCCGAGGAGACAUCGUUGGGGACAGUGGUGGCAUUACUUUGGCCCCCAACCAGGCGGUCCUAGGGGCGGGGCUUGGAGAACCUACUUGAGAACAUUUGCCUCCGUACAGGUCCUGAGAGAGCUCUGCUGAGCCCGUGAGCAGGCUAACUUAUAGGCACAACCUAGCAGCAGGUUGGAUGAAAACCUAGGUACUGAACUGAAUCUUUGACAGGACACUCAGGCUGUGCUCCCUCUUCUACCUCGGCUCAGUUCUCUGCUGACUGGAAAGGAUACACGGAUGAGAAUCCCUAAGGAGAAGCGGCUGAGGAUGUGAUGUACCUCCUCAAAGUGGCUACUCCCCUGCCUGGGGGGCUAUGAAAGGAGGCUCGGCGGAAACAGCUGUUCCUUGCCUUUUCACACGCCUGGAAUUGGACACCAGACUCAGUGCUGGAGUGCUUGUCCAAGUUUUUCAGCACACAUGUUGAAGAUUGCAUUCCAGGGUUGAUCAAGAGUGAAGUUCAAAGAGAUCCCCUGAUCUCCAUUCCAGACUCUUGAGUUAAGUCUGGAAUCAAGGUGUCUCCUGUUCUGACUUGUUGAUCUUCAUUCAGGGACUCGACUAGCCACGGUCCACCUGACUUGGACACCAGUGGCUACGAGGGGGGAGGGCUCUUCUAGGGAUGGAUGGCGAAGAACUCUGAACUCCAGACGAUAAGAGAGUCUCCACAAUGGACAGAGUUUAUGAAAUUCCUGAGGAGCCAAAUGUGGUUCCUAUUGCAUCUCUGGAAGAUGUCAUCCGUGGGCCUAACCCACGUUUUACCUUUCCAUUUAGUAUCCUCUUCUCCACCUUCUUGUACUGCGGGGAGGCUGCCUCUGCCUUGUAUAUGGUUCGAAUUUACCGAAAGAACAACGAGAACUUCUGGAUGACAUACACCUUUUCCUUUUUUAUGUUUUCAUCCAUCAUGGUUCAGUUGACCCUCAUUUUUGUCCACAGAGACCUGGCCAAAGAUAGACCACUAUCAUUAUUUAUGCAUCUAAUCCUCUUGGGACCUGUUAUCAGAUGUUUGGAGGCCAUGAUUAAGUACCUUACACUGUGGAAGAAAGAGGGGCAGGAAGAGCCAUAUGUCAGCCUCACCCGAAAGAAGAUGCUAAUAGAUGGCCAAGAAGUGCUGAUAGAAUGGGAGGUGGGCCACUCCAUCCGGACCCUGGCUAUGCACCGCAAUGCCUACAAACGUAUGUCUCAGAUUCAAGCCUUCCUGGGCUCAGUGCCCCAGCUAACCUAUCAGCUAUAUGUGACUCUGAUCUCUGCAGAAGUCCCCUGGGUAGAGGUGAGGGCUGUGUUAAUGUUCUUUUCCCUGAUAUCUGUCACCUAUGGGGCUACCCUCUGCAAUAUGUUGGCUAUCCAGAUCAAGUAUGAUGACUACAAGAUUCGACUUGGUCCAGUGGAAGUCCUUUGUAUCACCAUCUGGAGGACACUGGAGAUCACUUCCCGCCUCAUGAUUCUGGUGCUCUUCUCGGCCACCUUGAAGUUGAAAGCUGUGCCCUUCUUAGUGCUCAACUUCUUGAUCAUCCUCUUUGAGCCCUGGGUUAAGUUCUGGAGGAGUGGUGCCCAAAUGCCAAACAAUAUUGAGAAAAAUUUCAGCCGAGUUGGCACUCUGGUGGUACUGAUUUCUGUUACCAUCCUCUAUGCUGGCAUCAACUUCUCUUGCUGGUCAGCCAUGCAGUUGAAGUUGGCAGACAGAGACCUUGUUGACAAAGGUCAGAACUGGGGACAUAUGGGACUGCACUACAGUGUGAGGUUGGUAGAGAAUGUGAUCAUGGUGUUGGUUUUUAAGUACUUUGGAGUCAAGGUGUUACUGAAUUACUCCCAUUCCUUGAUGGCUGUUCAGCUUAUCAUUGCUUACCUGAUUUCCAUUGGAUUCAUGCUCCUCUUUUUCCAGUACUUGCACCCAUUGCGCUCACUCUUCACCCAUAACGUAGUAGACUACCUCCAUUGUAUCUGCUGCCGCAGACACCAUCGGGAAAGGGUUGAGAACUCAGAGACAUCCUGUGAGCCUGACACAAGGCAAAGUAUUGUCUGAUUCUUCUUCUUCUUCUUCUUCUUCUUCUUCUUCUUCUUCUUC